UCUCACAACUCUUAAGUAUUACACGAAGAAAAUUUAAAAAAAAAAACGUGACUCGGAAGGCCUAUUGCCAAUUGACCAGCUCUUUAAACGGCAGAAACUGUCUAGCACGGUAUGUGAACCUAGUCCUAACGUUACAGUUACUAGUGAGAGUGAUACUGAUGUUUUGUUAAGAGACUGAUCAUGAUGAGUCUGUCGCGAUCGGCGUGAGUGCUUCCUGAGUUACUUCUGACGACUUGCAAAACAUUGAAGAUAAAUUUGAAACGUCCAACAAUUACAUAAAGCCAGUGCCUGAGGAACCCGAACUUGCCGAAUAUCGUCAUGACGAGUCACAGUCAAUGAAAGUACACCUAGAAGCCAGUGAUAAACGGACACAGGUUCGUUUGAAAUAUGAAUCUCUGUAUGACUGGCUGUACUACAGCUCAGCUAAAUCUGUCUACCUAUGUAAAUAUUGUGAGCUUUUUGGAAUUAAAUCAUGUGGUGUAACAAGCCCAUUUAUGAGCGGGGGUACAAAGUCGCUAGGAACCCACCCUACUCGUAUGUUGACAAGUCAUAGAGACUCUGCUCCACAAACUUUCGGUUGAAAUAUACGUUAAUGCAACUUCUAACAUAAACGUAUACAAUCCGGUAUGCCAACAGAAUGAAAGAACAAAGUUAAAUGAUUCUCAGACCUUGAGGAAUGCACUCAAAAAAAUAUUUGAAUGUAUUGACUUUAUCAUACAGCAGCAUUGGGCGGCCUCAGAAAACACAGAACAGUUUGUACGAUUUGUCGCCAAACUUGGUGUACCAGAACUUCAGAAACACUUAGAAAGUAGUGCCACACAUUAUCUGUCAUCCACUUCAAUCACCCAGAUGAUUGGCUGCCUGUCCUCCCAUCUAGAAAAAAGGUACUUGAUCAGCUUGCCAGUGGAGACAAGCCAUAUUCAAUUCUCCUCGAUGAAAGCAGUGAUGUGGCCCACAGCAGUCAAAUUUGUGUGAUGGCGAAGUUUGCCAUGGAUACAGGUGUGGUUAUGAGAUUCCUGGGCUUUGCCCAACUCCAGAAGGGUACAUCAGCACACAUAAUGGAAGUACUUCAACAAUUUUUGGACGCAAAGGGAGUUGAGUUCGACCAAAUGCGUUUCAUCGCCCUGGAUGGACGCAACACUAUGAGUGGUGUACAGACAGGUCUUCAAAGAAGAGUGAGGCACCAAAACCCGUUUGUGGUGUAUGUGAACUGUCGCAACCACAGGUUGGCACUGUGUAUGGCACACCUUAUCAAGAGAUUUCCUCUUCUACAAGAUGUUGAUGGAGUUUUGAUUUCGCUUUGGAAAAUGUUUGAAUUUUCUCCGCAAAAGAUGGCAGUUUUUAAACACAUCCAGGCUGUCUAUGGGAAGACUCCGAUGGCUAUAACACGUGCUGCUGCAACAAGAUGGUUGUCACAUCUCCAGGCCUCAUCAAGGUUUAUAUCAAGAUAUACCUGUAUUCUUGAUACCUUGGACAGUUUGUAUGAGGAAAGGAGAGAGCCUGAUAUCAUGGGUGUACGCCAGUCUGUAACUAUCAAGUCUGUUGUUGCAACCAUUCUUCUUCUCACAGAUAUCUUAAAACCUGUGAACCUGCUUAGCCUGUACUUACAGGAGGAACAUAUCCGAUUUACCAUGCUUCCAUCCUAUGUCAAGAACACAACUGAUCAUCUGCAUUCACUCAAAGAUACCUACCAACAACAUAUUGAAGGAAACAAUCUGUCUGAAAUGGAUGCAGAGUUCUCAAAGAUAUCAGAUUUGUUCAGCGAAAUUGACGAUCGGACUACCCUGGCCAUGCGUCGUCGCGGAAAUCGAGGUCAAAACUUGACUGGGGAAGACUUCCUACGAGAAAAAGGGAUACCUCUUGUAUAUGAUCUCAUUAAUGAGAUUGAAGAUGCCUUCAACACUGGAAUGCCAGUACUUGGUUACUUUGGAUUUUUUGAUCCCCAGAACCUGCCAGAGUCAAUGACAGAUAUUGAGGAAUAUGGCAAAGGUUUUCAUUGCAUGAGUGUACUACAGUGUUACUGUUCUCAGUGUUACUGUUCUGUUUAGAUAAAACUGCACGAGUGUUGGUUUAUGAGUUUGUGAGAGGAAAUGGUCACACUUCCAUUGAUAGUAUCUACAAGGUGUUCAAGGGAGAUCAGGUCCUGUCUGGCUGCUUCCCUUGUGUGUUCAAGCUACUGGAGAUGGCAUGUUUAAUACAAAGUUCCACUGCAGUAGUGGAGAGGAGUUUUUCUCUUAUGGGAAACAUCUUAACAAAGAAGAGAAAUCGCCUGACACAGGGACACCUCCGAUAUAGUGAGAAUCUGCCAUCAUCAUCAACUUGAGCAACCUCUCACCGAUGCAGAUUUAAAGGAGAUAGUCAAUCUGUUUAGAGGCAUGGGCAACCGCCGUGAACAGUUUUAGAAGGAACUUUUGUCUUUCAGUUACUGUGACAGACAGUAUACUUUUCAAUAAAAAUCUUUAUCAUGAA